AACUAAUGAAAAAAGAUAAAACGAAAAAAGCAUUAAUACUGAACAAUUCUUUUCCAUUUGAACAAAAAAUUAGGUUAGAUGCCUUGAUACAACACAUUAAAGCAACAAGUCUAAUGCUGUGGUAUUAAUCGUAGUAAUUGGAAAUCAGUUAUAACGGAGGCUGAACAUUCUAUUUAAUUAAAAGAGUUGAAGUUAAAUCAUAUUCCCGCGUAAUCGUAUUUCUGCGACAUGGCGCAGAGUAUUGCAAUUCUUUCCGUGAUUCCGAGGUUAUCUUACCAUCUUCGAAUGAAACUUCCAAAUUCAACAAUAUUUGACGUUUUGCCAGAUAAAUGUGAUACAUUAUCAAAAUUACAAGAUGCAGAUAUAGUGGUAACUGAUUGUGAUUUGUUUUUGCCAUAUACAGAUAAAUUGCCAUCUGUAAAAUGGGUACAAACAACAUGGGCCGGUAUCGAAUCGCUAAUUUCAAAUCUGAGAGAUAAAAAAAUUAAUUAUACACUUACACGUUUCUCAGACAAGAGUCUUGCUUUAGCUAUGUCUGAAUAUACAAUAGCGCACAUUUUUAAUUUUGAACGUAAUCAAAGACAGCAAUAUCAAAAUCAAGAAAACAAAGAAUGGAUAACAGAUGGAAAUAUUUCUGAUUACAAACUUAUUUCUGACUUAUCUGUGGCUAUUCUAGGAUUAGGAAAUAUUGGAAAAACAAAAAAAAUAAAAAUGUUUGGUGCCACCGUAUGGGGAAUGACAAGAACACCACUUAAGGAGAGCUUAAAUUAUAUUGACGAACAUAGAACAAUUGAACAUUUGCCUGAAGUACUAACAAACUGUGAUUAUAUUAUUAAUGUCUUACCAUCUACACCUAGUACUUUAGGUUUAUUAAAUGGAAAUAUAUUAGAAAAUUGUAAAAAUCGUGGUAGUAUUUUUAUCAAUAUAGGUCGAGGUACUAUCAUUAAAGAGACAGAUUUAUUAAAUGCACUUGAGCAACAAUGGAUCUUGGGAGCAAUUUUAGAUGUGUUUGCAGAAGAACCAUUGUCUGGAAAAAGUAAAUUGUGGUCAUUACCACAGGUUACGAUUACACCACAUAUUUCAGGUGUAAGCCGUGCACGAGAUAUUGCAGAUUAUUUCGUUCAAAAUUAUCAAAGAUAUAUUAAAGGUGAAAAAUUGCUAAAUAUAGCAAAUUUAGAAGAAGGCUAUUAAUUUCUUAAGCGUCUAGCUCGUAAUAAUCGGACGAAAUGGCCGACACGUGCAUUUAUUGUUGAUACUUAUGCACAAA